UCCCAUCUCCCGGCCCCACGCAGGCGCGGCGCUGCCCUCCCCGUCGGGGCGGCGCUUGGGGCCGGAGCGCUGCGGGCAUCGAAGCUCCGGGAUCGGCUGCAGCGGAGCGGUGGGAUAUCGGAGCUCCAGCAGUUCGAAGAGUCAGUAGGAAAGGAUGUUUUCCUCGGUGAAGCCCUAUGAGAAUCAGCGCUACGCUGCCCUGAAGAAGGAAUGCCUGAGGAAGAAGCAGCUCUUUGAGGACCCUCUUUUCCCCGCCAAUGAUGACUCACUCUUCUACAAGUCAAGGAUCCAGGGCAUUCAGUGGAAGAGGCCAAAAGAAAUCUGCGCCGAUCCUCAUCUCUUUGUGGACGGGAUCAGCUCCCAUGAUUUACACCAGGGCCAGGUUGGGAACUGCUGGUUUGUGGCUGCCUGCUCCUCCCUGGCAUCCCGUGAGGCCCUGUGGCAGAAGGUCAUCCCAGACUGGAAGGAGCAGGAGUGGAAUGCCGAGAAGCCUGAGAGCUAUGCAGGGAUCUUCCACUUCCAAUUCUGGCGUUUCGGUCAGUGGCUGGAUGUGGUAAUAGAUGACCGCCUGCCCACGCUCCACAACCAGCUCAUCUACUGCCAUUCCAACUCCAAGAAUGAGUUCUGGUGUGCCUUGGUGGAGAAGGCUUAUGCCAAAUUGUCAGGAUGUUAUGAGGCCCUGGAUGGAGGCAACACAGCUGAUGCUCUGGUAGACUUUACCGGUGGGGUCUCUGAACCUAUUGACUUGACUGAAGGGGACUACACCACUGAUGAAGCCAAACGAAACCUCCUCUUUGAGCGUGUGUUGAAAGUGCACAACCGUGGAGGCCUCAUCAGCUGCUCCAUCAAAGCUACAUCAGCAGCAGACAUGGAGGCCCGCCUGGCCUGUGGGCUGGUGAAGGGCCAUGCAUAUGCUGUGACUGAUGUGCGGAAGGUCCGCCUGGGCCAUGGCCUGCUGUCUUUCUUCAAGUCAGAGAAGCUGGACAUGAUCCGCAUGCGCAACCCAUGGGGUGAACGAGAGUGGAACGGCCCUUGGAGUGAUACCUCUGAAGAGUGGCAAAAAGUGAGCAAAAGUGAAAGAGAGAAGAUGGGGAUGACAGUAGAAGACGAUGGUGAAUUCUGGAUGACCUUUGAAGACUUCUGUAGAUACUUCACAGACAUCAUCAAGUGCCGUCUCAUCAACACAUCCUACCUCAGCAUCCAUAAGACCUGGGAGGAGGCAGUGCUACAUGGGGCAUGGACCAGGAGUGAUGAUCCCUUGAAGAACCGCAGUGGAGGCUGCAUUAACCACAAGGAUACCUUUUUGCAGAAUCCACAAUAUGUAUUUGAUGUGAAGAAGGCAGAAGAUGAAGUGCUGAUCUCCAUCCAGCAGAAGCCAAAAAGGACCAGUCGCAAAGAGGGCAAAGGAGAGAACUUAGCCAUAGGCUUUGAUAUCCAUAAGGUGGAGCUGAACAGGAACUACAGGAUGCACACCCUGCAGCAGAAGGUGGCCAGCUCCAUUUACAUCAACUCCCGCAGCGUCUUCCUGAGGACGGACCUGAAGGAAGGCCGCUAUGUCAUCAUCCCCACCACUUUUGACCCUGGUCUUGUAGGCGAGUUUCUUCUCAGGAUUUUCACAGAUGUGCCUUCAGAUUGCCGAGAGCUGACACUGGAUGAGCCACCACACACCUGCUGGAGUGGGAUGUGUGGGUACCCUCAAGUGGUGUCACAGAUCCACGUCCUCGCUGCAGCUGGCCUCAAGAAUCAGGACUCCCAAGGAGGAGCUGACCCAUAUGUGAUAAUAAAGUGUGAAGGUCAAAAGGUUCGUUCUGCAGUGAAGAAAGACACAGUGUCACCAGAGUUUGAUGUGAAAGGCCUCUUCUACCGCAAGAAGCCAGGAAAACCCAUCAUUGUUCAGAUCUGGAACCAUAACUUGAUAAGCGACGAGUUCUUGGGUCAAGUGACACUGAAGGGAGAUCCCAGUGACCAGCAGUCUGUGCACACACUGCACCUCCAGGACAGAGGGAACAGAAAAUCAAAUGAUCUGCCUGGAACCAUUGCUGUGAGGGUGCUCAGCAGUAACAUCCUCACCAAUGUCUGAGUAUUCAAGGACUCUCCUCUAGUGCCACAUAUGUAUAUAUAUGCAUAUAUACAUACACACACACACAUAUAUAUAUAUACACACACAGCCUAUCUACCACCUGCAAGUGUAGGAGAACUAUGCAUGCAUUCCACUCAAAGGAGCCAAUCUCGUGUUUUCCAUGUUAAAAAAUGGUGCCUUGUUGGGGAACCACAACAGUCCUUCUACUGGCAUCCUCUGCAGCCCCAUCACCACCAUGCACCCCAUGGGAUUGCUGCUGGUAGGCUGUGUGUCCUGACAGCCAAAGCACGAUGCCCAGGUGCUGUUUGUUUACACGGGGCUGGCACACACGUGUCAACAUGCACACGUGUGGUCACCAUGGUCCCACCAGCUGCUUCGAUGUGUCUUCAGUGUGUCUGCUUGGUUUUAGAGUAGUGCGUGAGGAGUCUUCUGCCCAUGAACUGCCAUUUAGUCGCUUAUCCAAGGAGGCACAUCAGCAAAGCAGAAGCGGAAAAAGAAACUGGGGCUCUUGGGGUGUUUUAUUGAUAUGCACACAGUGACUGGAUGGGAAAUGCAUUAGGGCAGUCACACAGUCCCAAAUCCACAGGGUCAGCAAGACUAGUGGCUCCAUCACUGCAAGGACCUGCUGUCUCAUUCCAAAUCCUGUUCAGCCCCACACUGUCCUGAGUCACAGAAUCCCAGAAUGGCUGAGGUUGGAAUGGACCUCCAGGUCCAUCUGGUCCAACCCUGUCCAAGCAGAGACACCCAGAGCAAGGUUCCAACCAACCACAUCCAGGUGGCUUUUGGAGGUCUUCAAGGAGGAGAUCUCACAACCUGUUCAAGAAGCUUGUGUGAGGGCUUCAUCAGCCACGUGGCACAGAAGUGCUUCCUGGUGUUCAGCUGCAUAUUCUGAAGGAUGCAGAGAUGCCAACAGCUGUGGUUGGACAACUGUUCUGCAGGGCCAUGUUUUUGAGUUGGUCUGGUCUCAAUUCCUGCCUGUGCCUCUCAAACUGCCAUCGUGCCUGCUGUCUGCAUUGCUUUUUUGCAGUCCCCAUCCCUAGAGCCUGAAUUCCAUAUUAUGCUGAGUUGUAACCCCAUACCUGAGUUAUCAGCUGGGUAUACUUGCUGCGUAUAUUCAAUGAUGGGGUAAGAGAAGAACAGUUCCUCUGAAGGCCAGAGCAUUAGAUCUCAUGCAUGAGGAGCAUCAAUUCCCAUGGAUGAGGAGCUUUGCUGAAUGGACAUCACCUUCACUGCUGCAUACAGAUUUCUGAUGCAUCAUUUUCAGUGCCUGUCUUUCCCAAAUUCCUUUUAAAAGCUAUGGGAUUUUAGGUCAUGUUAAAGGAGGGGAGCACUGCUCCUAGUACAGCUUGAAAAUGCCGGAAACACUGAAUUCAUUCUAAUAUUCAUCUGCCACCUCCAAUUUCCAGUUUAUUGAUGAGUUGCAUGGAGCUAAAGCCAGUCCCACAAGCACAGCCCAAACACAUCUUGGUACAAAGGUACAAAGCACAGUCCUGCAGUGUGUAAACCCAUGCUCGUUUGCUGUAAUCCUGAGUUUCUCUUCCUUAUUCCACUGGGUGGCAGAAUCUGGCUUCAUAUAAGCCGUACCAGCGGAUCCUUUUCAGUCACUUCUUUGCUUGGGGAAUAGAGCACACAUAAUACAAUGCUUCCUGUAAAGAACUUUGCUUUUUAAUUCAGACGAGGGUCUGAAUUAAAUCACUCCGACAUCACCCAGUCCAACUGUCCACCUAGCACCAGUAUUUCCCCACUAAGCUAUUUCCCUAAGGACAGCUUCACCCAUUUUUGCAGGCUGUUCUUCCCUCCUCUUCUUCAGUUGUUAAGCCGUUGUGGGUCAGCAUCGGACUUUUGUCCAAAUUCCUUGUUUUCUUAGGUCUUAUUUUCCAGGGCUUAGCAGCAGGUAGCGGCCCACAAGAUGCUCUUUCUGGGUCCCACCUAUUCCUGUUGUGCAGAACCAUCUUCCAAAUCCUGUUGCCAUCACUUGUACCCUAAUGAGAGUGGCACUUUGCAGAAUGAGUUCAGAUGCUCCUGCUUUGACAAAGGGAUGUUUUGAGCCCAAAGUUGAAGCAAACUCUUGAUUCUGCUCAGCACGAUUCAGAGUUAACUUGGUUUAGAUCCUGGUUUUGGGCAUAGGACUCGUCAAUGAAGAUAAGCGGGAGAAGGACUGUAGGACCAAAAGUUGUGAUCUAGGUCUUAGGAGUGAUAGGUGAGAGGGACACCUAGAAAUGCUUUGGAAGGAGAAGAGCCAUUCAGAAGAACACCACAGGAGCAUCACAGGCAUUUUGCACCAUCAGCAGCAGAUGGAGGUAGCUGGUAUGCUUGCAUGAGCCAUGUUUUCUCAGGAAAUCAGACUACCCAUUGCUUCAACAGACCACAGCCAUUUGGCCCAGGUGCCCUAACCCACGUCAAACUGUACUGUGAUCCCCAAGGAGCAGCACUGAAGCUUGCUGGGGAGCAGCAAUGCCCUGAUACCCAUGGCCAGCCUCCCUCCUUCCUACGGAGAAUCAAGCCAUAAUGCAAGGCAGCUUUCAGUACCUUCUUUAAAAUAGCAAUCGUCAUACCAUACCAGGACCAAAAUGUCUUAAUAUUGAUAAUAAUUCUGUUCUUUUAAUUUCUUUUUUCUUGCUGAAAACUUAGAGCAGAAGCUUUCUUUCCCCCUCCAUUUCCAAGGGAUGAAGAAAAAUUACCUUUUUGUUUUUAACUUCUUUUCUUUUUUGGGCUUGUUUGUAGAGUGGGUUGAGGAGGAUGGUUAUUGAAAUGCCGCGGUUCAUGUCAAUGCCUUUUCUUUUUGAAUGGAGUAAAUGGAUGUAUUCCACUUUAUUUUUGUCUGAGGGGAGGCUAAGCCUGAUGAGCACUUUCCAUCCCCCUACCCGCCUCCGCACCAUAGAAUCAUGGGAUCUUGAAGGUUGGAAAAGACCUCUCAGGUCAUCGAGUCCAACCAUCAACCCAUCCCCACCAUGCCCUCUAAACUAAACGGUGUGGGAUGUCUCUGAUUUAUUUUCCAUUUCUUGUAUUAAUCAUUGCGUCAAUCACACGUAGCCCGUCACUGCACUCCAUGAAAUCCCCUCGUUUUUAAUGUGAUCGUGUUAAACCAAGCUAUGAGUUGUCUUCGUCCCCGAAGGCACCGACGUGUCACGCUGCACGAGAUCGGCGAGCGGUCUGAACUGAAGGCCAACGUUGUACAGAUGUAAACCUCCUAUAAAUAAAUUGUGUAUAUUUUAUUCAGA